UGGCUCCGCCCCGCGGCGCGGUGACGUAGAGGCGGCGCAGGCGCAGGCGCGGCGGGCCAUGGCGGGCGCAGCAGCGCUGCCGCUGCCCCCGGCGGCGCGGGCGCCCCCUGGCGGCGGCGGGGACACGGGGGCGGUGUCGGCCGGGGUGGGCCGCGCCGAGGGCGGCGAGGGGCUGUUCGUGGCGCUGGGCGCGGGGCUCGCCGCCCUCAGCCACCCGCUGCUCUACGUCAAGCUGCUCGUCCAGGUCGGGCACGAGCCACUACCUCCAACUGUUGGGAGAAAUGUGCUGGGAAGAAAAGUACUGUACCUGCCUGGCUUCUUCACUUACGCCAGACACAUUGUGGAAGUGGAUGGGAAAAAAGGCCUCUUCCGCGGUCUUACUCCUCGGCUCAUCUCAAGCACUUUAUCCACCAUCACCAGGGGGAGUGUGAAGAAGGCCUUUCCACUGGAGGACAUGGAGCACGUUUCUAACAAGGAUGACGUGAAGACCUCCCUUAGGAAAGUGGUGAAAGAGACAUCCCAUGAGAUGAUGAUGCAGUGCGCAUCCCGGGUUGUCUCACACCCCCUGCACGUGAUCUCUAUGCGCUGCAUGGUCCAGUUCGUAGGCCGGGAAGUCAAAUACAGCGGUGUGUUCAGCGCCAUUGGCAGGAUAUUUAAGGAAGAAGGGAUCCUGGGAUUCUUCGUCGGUUUAGUCCCUCACAUCCUGGGGGAUGUCAUCUUCCUCUGGUGCUGCAACCUCUUGGCUCACUUCAUCAACACAUACGCAGUGGACGAUAACGGUCUCGGAGGGAUGUCAUGCAAUGACUGUGACAGCCUGCUCUCAGCUGCCUCCUCCACAAUCCCUUUGGUUUCUGUCUUUCCAGUUCAGCCAGGCAUCGGUGAUCCGGAGCUACACGAAGUUCGUGAUGGGGAUUGCUGUGAGUAUGCUGACAUACCCCUUCCUUCUCGUGGGAGAUCUCAUGGCAGUGAACAACUGUGGGUUGCGUGCUGGCCUCCCUCCCUACGCUCCUGCCUUCACAUCCUGGAUCCACUGCUGGAGGUACCUCAGGGCUCAGGGCCAGCUGUUCCGUGGCUCCAGCCUGCUCUUCCGCAGAGCGCCUGCACAAGUGGCCUGCUUCCCCAUCGAUUAACUCCCCCAGCUUGCGGGGAGAGGUGAUGAACUCGGACUCCUCAAGAAACCCCAAGCUUGUUUUGAUAUAUGCAUUUUUUUCUUUUCAAUCCCAAGUCCACAGUACCAGAAGAAGCCACCUCCUCUCCAGCAAGGCCAGUGAUAAACUGACCUGCAGAGAGCUGGCUUCAGACUCCAGCUGGGCCAAAGCCCCUUCUUCACAGCUAACUCGACCGUGAUGUGUUAGCAGAGAAAGCAGAAGGGAGUCGGCCCUUUGGUCCAGGCUGUUGGUCUGGAGUUACUGGAGCAGCCUGUUUUGAAGUGGAAAAUGCCCAGGUACUAAACAAACCAGCCCCGAGGCAUUUGCUGAGACCCAGCGCAGGGACAAAACACUGCUUCGUCCUGCCCAAGCUGAGAAGAGGCAAAAGAUCCAAGGUUGCCUUGCCGGGAAAGCCACGCUAACACGUCUCCCAUCUCAUCCCUUCUGGGCAAGCGUUUGUGAGUCUGCUAGCUCAUUCUGGGCAAGAUGAACCCUGGGACCUAUAUCUAAAGGUUUUGUGAGUACUUGAGCACUAGGGAACGCACCACCUCCUGUGGGCAUGAAAGGGAAAUAAUAAUAUUGAAACAGAUAAGGGAAACAGCAUCCCAAAGAGGCAGAUAAAAUUUGUCUCCAGGACGGUGUUGGAACUUGAAAAAAACAGCAGCACUCAGGGAGGGAUGUGCAGUGCACACGGUUACUGCUCUGGGAAAGCCUUUUGCAGUGGUCUGAUUCAGUGGGAUCAGCUGUAUUUAAGAUAACACCUGUGGUGCUCAGUCCUGCUGGGUAUAACCUGGACAAGCAGAGUGUACACAUCCCUAAGCGUGAGGCAGGUCUGAGCAUCAUCACCACUUCACCUGAUGGACAAGGAGCUGUGCAAUACUGUGCUGGGCUGCUGCGUGGUAUUUUCCUGCUGAAAGGCAGGAAACGAGGGCUCACCUUGCAACGUGGACAGCAGGUCUGUUACUGUCUGGAGUAGAGGAGUAGACCUUUAGCUGGCCAAAGACCUGAGACACCAGGGUUGGGGGCUCUUCACUUGAAGAUGCUCAGGUGUGGUUGGGCCUUUGUGCAGCAGAGCCUGCCUGCGACAGCAGGGCAGGAUUUAUCCUCAGCUCUCCAGACAGCAUUUUUUUUGCACCAGCCUGUGCUGUUUCUACAGCCAGGCAGACUUCCCCCAUUUUGGUUCCCCCCUCUUACUCUACAAAGCAGUCUUUUGCAUCCAGUUCAGCAUGUUGCUGUACUUCCCUGUCACAGGACCCAGGAAGAGCUUUUGGGGGGCUGAGAGCAGGUUCCCACAUGCUGCUAACACACACUAAUGUCCUGACCAGCAGCCCCAGGGUAUUUCCCAGGUGUUUCUCCUGUGCCCUGGGUGACUUCAGUUCUCAAUACCUGCAGGGAUUUGAGAGGUAGCUGGGGUCACAUCCCAUGCCUGUCCUUCGGGGACCCAGCCUGCUGUCGCACAGGGGCUUUGCUCCAACAGAUGGGCUUGAUCUGCACCUCCAGGCCAGGGCCUGUGGGACACAGUGACAGGGUUUGUGCGUGCUGGGACCAGCGGUCCUGAGCCCAGCUCCCUUCAGUGUCAUGCAGUCAGUCCACUCCUUCCUUCCUCCUCAGCCUUCCUUUAAUACAGCUUAUGUUACAGUCACACAAGUAAAAUAAUGCAUGGUCCUAUUCCGUAACAUGAGAGAUUAUUUCAAAGAGGAUUUAACUAUGCUCUGAAAUACAGCUAUAAAAACUUC